AUGAAUCCCGACGACUACGAUUUGAGUACAUCGGAUGGCUGCAGACGGGCCUUGACUCGAGCCUUGUUCGAUGUCGUUAAUGAUGCCAAGGCGGAAUGCUUGGCACAAAUGCAGUGGGAGCAGGCGGCGGAGGCGCCGGUCCCUCGCCCGAUACGACGUCGGACGUUUGUUCCCCGCGAGCACGACGUAGCGCAUGAACGUCUGUUCGCAGAUUAUUUUGCCGAGAAUCCAAGGUGGGGCCUGAAUGUUUUUCACCGACGUUUUAGAAUGAGGCGAGAUCUUUUUCUCCGCAUUGUGCACACGUUGGAGGGACGUGAUGAGUACUUCCAGUAUCGGGAAGACGGGAUCGACAGACCCGGACUUACGCCGUUGCAGAAGUGCACGGUUGCGAUUCGCCAAUUGGCCUACGGCACAACAGCGGAUAUGUUCGACGAGUACCUUCACGUCGGGGAUACAACUGGCCGUGAAUGUCUGAAGAUAUUUUGUAAGUUAGUUGUGGAGGCUUUUGGUGACACAUAUUUGCGACGCCCGACUGCUAAUGAUUGCCAGAGCCUGAUGCGGAUGCACAAGACGACGAUCAACUGCCCAAUUGGUGAGAGGAGAGUCUUGUUUGCGGCAAAGCAGGAGUCCGCGCGAAAGGAUGUGGAGCGGGCUUUUGGGGUGCUCCAAUCGUGGUGGGCAAUCGUGAAAGGUCCGACGCGUUUCUGGUACAAGGAAGUCAUCGCCGACGUCAUGUAUGCGUGCAUCAUCAUGCAUAACAUGAUAGUCGAACAAGAACGUGGCCAUGUCACCAAUUGGGUGGAUGAUGAAGCCGGAUCUAGCUCCAGCACGGCGACCUCGCCGGUCACUCGAGGAUUACCGACUGGCUUCGGUGCGGUUCUAGAGCGACAGGCCUCAAUGCGCAACCAACAAGACCAUACUCAACUCAUGACCGACAUGAUUGAAGAAGUUUGGAACCGCAACCACCGCCGUUGA